UGAUUAAUCAAUAAACAAGUGGGUUUGGUGGGCUUUGUGAGCAGUGGGCUAAGAUAGAAAAGAGGUUUCAGACAACAGAAAAAGAAGUGUAUGACGUGGCAGGAGAUCAUUGGUUGGAAAAAAGAGAUUGGCGGGUGAAGUUGUUUGUUGUACCGUCGACGGAUUUAGGGUUAAUUUUGGUUUAAUGAGCCACCGUGUUUCGAUUCUAUCAUCUCAUUUCUCACCUGUCUCCGCCGUCAUGGCUUCCGAGAAAGAAGCUGCUCUCGCCGCCACUCCUUCCGAUUCUCCCACCAUAUUUGACAAGAUCAUCAGCAAAGAAAUUCCAUCCACCAUGGUUUAUGAGGAUGACAAGGUCUUAGCUUUUAGAGACAUAACGCCCCAGGGUCCUGUUCACAUCCUCCUUAUUCCAAAAGUGAGGGAUGGCCUAACUGGACUCUCUAAGGCUGAGGAAAGGCACAUCGACAUCUUGGGCCGCCUUCUCUACACUGCUAAGCUCGUAGCGAAACAAGAAGGCCUAGAAGAGGGUUUCAGAAUUGUGAUCAAUGAUGGUCCACAAGGCUGUCAAUCGGUGUAUCACAUUCAUGUUCAUCUCAUUGGAGGACGUCAAAUGAACUGGCCUCCUGGCUAAUAGAUAUCAUCUUGAAGUGGAUUGUUGUCCUGAUAAUAAGAGGGACGCUUAGAGUUUGAUCCCGUCUUCUUCUACUGUCUCUAUAAAUAAAAAAAAACUUGGGACAUGAGUUUUAUGAUUGUUAUGCAAAACCUUGUUUUAUGUUAUGAAAAGGAUAUUUGACUGUUUUCUCUUCUGGAAUCUUGUGGUUGGUUGCUUUUUCUCUAUUAUUAACUCCGUAAAAA